AUGAAGCCUUCUGUCAUUGCAUUGUACAGCUUUUUGGUAGGACAAAACUCGGCCUAUGAUGCAAUUACAUUUCUGGCAUGGACGCAUAGCCUUCUGUAUGUAAUCUAUGAUUACGUUCACUAUAAUAUCUUGAUAAUGUUGAUAUUAAUGUUGUACUGCUGUCGGCUCGCCUAUCAAGCUGAGGAACGCAUCAAAGCCUUUCCAUUGCAUAUGAUAUGUACGGUGGCGCAAAUCAUUCCAUUCUUCCUGUGUGUGGUUUACUACAUUUCUGAUGGAACCGCGGAUGUUGCAUUGAGAGUGCUUUCAAUUUCCUCACGUGUGGUAAUGAUCAUCGGAUUCAUCAUCAUCAACUUACAGAUAUUAACAUCAUUUCUGCUGCUGGGUCGAGAACUACCGUACACUCAUGCGAAUUCGACCGACAUGCAGUUUAGGGACGCUCGAAGUCGAUUGGCAUGGACGCUUGUAUAUCUGAUUCUGCCUUAUAUUGCGUUCAUUCCAUUUCUCGUGAACGAUUUUGCUUGGUUAAUUGCGUUCAAUGGCAACGCUGAUCCGACGACAAAGGUCGUAAUGUCCAUAUGCGAAAUGAUCGAGUUCAUCAUUCAGUUCCAUCGACCUCUUUUCAUGAGCGUCAUCACUGUUGCCUUCUUGCCUCCAUACAGGUGCGUCAAAUGCUUCGUUCCAUAUUUGCAUAUUAGGUUG